AUGGAUCCAGCCUCCUCCCGAAACGCUGAGCUUGCUUCCCUACCACCCGCCCGAGCAUACCACUACCAGACAUCCGACACUGAGAGCAAACUCCUUCGGACGGGAGAGACGACCGCGGCAUAUCCCUCUUCCAACGUGGUCUCUUCGGCCGGCACCACUCCGCCCGCCAAGCCCAAGCAGCGGAGCAGGAGGAAGCACGCCGCGGAGGACGAUGAUCCCUCUAAGCGGAGAUGUGUGUCGACCGCGUGUAUAGCCUGUCGGAAACGAAAGAGCAAGUGCGAUGGGAACCUGCCAGCUUGUGCCGCGUGCUCGCAAGUAUACGGGACUGAAUGCAUUUACGAUCCCAAUUCCGACCACCGGCGGAAAGGCGUCUACAAGACGGAUGCAGAUGCCUUGAAGACGAGAGAAUCGACGUUGCAGACGCUCAUCCAGGCCAUUCUCAACUACCCCGAAGACGAAGUUCCCGCUUUAAUCCGAGAAAUCCGAACAUGUGAGAGUUUGGAUGCAGUGGCAGAAAAGAUUGUCGCGCGAGAGAAUGGCUAUGAGCAAGAAGACGAAGAGGAAGAUGUGUCACCGAGUGGAGAUGGGACCAUGACAACUUUUGAGUCGUAUCUGUACGGCAAGAUGGGAGACCUCCGGCUGGACGAAGGCUCGGUGCGAUACAUUGGAGGCACUUCCAACCUCAUACACCUGGCCCAAGAGGAUGACUCUACGCCGAAUGUGGACGACUUCAUGCAGCGGGAGAAUCCUAUCACCUCCUGGACGAACGUCACGAACGAUCCGGAGCUGGUUCUCCAUCUUCUUAAUAUGUACUUCACUUGGCACUACUCAUUCUUCACGACGCUUUCCAAGCAACUCUUCUACCGAGACUUCUCCCUAGGCAGGCCGCCGUCCAGCAUCCGACGGAAAACGCACUAUUGCACACCAUUGCUGGUCAAUGCGAUGCUGGCGCUGGGAUGCCAUUUCACCGCACAUAGCAGUGCCAGAGCAAACCCCGAUGACUCUGCAACUGCCGGCGACCAUUUCUUUCGAGAAGCCAAACGACUGAUCAUGGAGAAUGAUGAGCAUGAGAAGCCUCAUCUGACCACUGUACAAGCCUUGGCACUCAUGUCCGUCCGAGAAGCUGGCUGUGGGCGGGAGGGGAAAGGUUGGGUGUACAGCGGGAUGUCCUUUCGGAUGGCGUGCGAUAUGGGUCUCAACCUAGACUCUAGCCAACUGACGUCGAACAAAUACGUGGCCGGCGACGAGAAUGAGGAAGAUGUGCGGAGGGUCACAUUCUGGGGCUGCUUCUUGUUCGACAAGUGUUGGUCCAAUUACCUUGGUCGGCUACCCCAACUUCCAUCAUCUCUGGUCACAGUCGCAGAAUACGAUGUGUUUCCGGAAGAGGACUCCUCGCAAUGGAUACCUUAUACGGACAGUGGAUUUGCACGGUCUCAUGCGCAGCCAGCACGGACCAGGGCUGUGGCAUUACAGAUCUUGAGAUUGUGUCAGAUCAGCAAUGAUCUGAUGCAGCACUUCUACAACCCCAUGGACAUGGAAAAGGCAAAGGGUAAGGCAGCUGAGCUUCGAAAGCUCUCCGAUAUCCACACUCGGCUUGAGACCUGGAGACGAGAACUUCCGAGAGAGCUGGAGCCAAAGGAAGGGGCUCUCUCCAGCGUACUGGUCAUGCAGUAAGUCAACACCCACGUAUGGUUUCUUGGAUCGCCUAAUGCUUUGCAGCAUGUUCUUCCAGCUCCUCUUUAUCCACCUCUUCCGACCGUUCUUGAAGUACACUCAAGCCACAUCACCCUUACCGUCGAAUGUCAGCCCGCGGAAGCUCUGCACGCAGGCUGCAGCCAUGAUCUCGAAGCUGAUGCGUCUGUACAAACGAUCGCACGGCCUUCGGCAGAUCCCGAACAUUGCUGUCUACAUCACGCACUCGGCCAGUACGAUCCAUCUGCUCAAUUUGCCGGACAAGAACGCGAAGCGAGACAUUGUGCACGGCGUCAAACAUCUCGAGGAGAUCGCCGAGGGAUGGUUGUGUGCACGACGAACACUCGCGAUCUUGAGCGUGUUGGCGAGCAAAUGGAACGUCGAAAUGCCGGAAGAGGCCGCCGCGGUGCUCGCGAGGACAGACGCCAAGUUCGGUUCGUACCUUGGUGAGAUAUCAUCACCAAGUAGCAGCCACAGAAGAGGCUCCGAAGCUCUUGCCAUUGCAUCACAAACGUCGGCACCGCAGCAGAUGAUACACAAUACAGCGCACAUCCAGCCAGCGCCUGGCUAUCUGCCACAGUCACAACAACAGCCCCGUACGGCAUCUGGCGCUCCCGUGGUACGAUCCAAUAGCGUCAAUUAUGCGCCGCCUCCCCAAGAUGCAAAUGACUUACGCGCACAGCAGUACCCUUCCGCAGCAAAUACGCCUGCGACACCAGCUCACCAACGGCAAUGGCAGGGCGCUUCCAGCAUCGGCGGCAGUCCGAGCGACAUGUUUGGGGGCGUAGAACAAUUACUGAGAGAUAGCCAGGACUGGGCGUAUCGCGAUCAGGCACAACUUGCUACCGCUCUCGAGAAUUGGAAUCCUCCGGUGGGCUCGAUGGAUUGGGCCGGGAUGCAGUCGACUAUUGAUGGAGGACCUCUUGGGGGAGCAGGGAUGCUUCAGCAGCAGCCGACGAUGGCACCUCUCCAGCAACACCAACCUCAGCAGCCGCAGAAUGGGGAUAUAUAUACUCAGCCUACUGCACCGACUGGUGGUGUGAGUGAUUUGGGGAUGGCCAAUUGGCUGAACGAGAUGAAUGCGUACAACAGCAUGGCGGCUUCUUAUAAUGAGGAUGAAUGGUAUCAAUGA